AUGGUCGUACAUUCCCACCUGAUUAUCACCUGCGGACCAAGUGCUCUCCAGGAGCUCUUCGAAGAGGGUGUCGAGUUCAUCUCUGAGAACUAUCUUGUUGCAGACGGACCCAGUCUGGUUCAUGUUACCGAUUUUUACGGACAAGUCGCAUACCUCCCACUCAAGCUAUGCUCAACAUACGUCGCACUUUGUCGUAAUAUCGAGAGUAAGUGUCUCGAUGGCAGCGAGAGAGAUAAUAAAGACUAUGUCAUACAUUUUGGGUCAGACGAAGCAGCAUUGGAGGCAGAUCAAUGGCCACACGUCAUGAAAUGCGAACGAUCUGCAAUGAUUGUUCUGCGCCUCAGCCGGAAAUUUACGAGCCGGGGUAUCUCUUCGAUCGAUCGUUUGCGUAGUGAACCAAGAACGAUUGAGUACGGUGAUCUGCGCUCUGAGUGUGACUCCACAGACGAUAACGAGACUCAGGCGCUUAUCGUAAGGCGACCUCUCAAUGAUGCCGAGCAAGGUCACCAAGCCGAGUACGUUGUCGGACCCAGUGAGAGUUUAGCAAGGCAAGGUUACAUGGUGAAUGACCCCAGCUUACUCAUGGGUCGCAGCAAUAGUAUUGUUGGUCCGAAGCCGGUCAUUUUCCGCCGUCCAAAACGUAUGAUUAGGCCGCCUUUCGCAUAUGACGGCCAUCAUGUCGCCAGGGCCAUUACAUAUGAGAGCGAAAACGCUGUUCAUAUUAGCAGGAGUUUGGAUGGGUCGGUUGUUGCCAGCAACAAAACUUCUCAUGAAGCUCCAUCGUUCGCGGAGGGAGUCGGCAAUGCGUCAUCGAAUGAUGAUCCAGUCGAAUCGUCCCACAGUCCAAAGGGAUCUUCUGUACCAAACAGCAUUGACGUAGUAGACAACGAAAAGCUUCCCGGCCCUUUCGAACUUACGUCUGAUGUCUACGAUACGCGGGAAUACACAAAGAAAGAUGCUCAGAGUUUGUUGUCGUUAUCAUCUCACUCAGUUUACGAGCGAGACCAUGUCGAGUCUGGAGAGCAAGAGGCGACAUUAGGAGCGCUACGAGAUGUGAUAUCAGACGAUGAAGAUGGCGUGAGACCCGGAAUAAAAGCCACCACUGUCGUUCCGCAAGGCCGAACAGAGUCGUCCGUUGCCACACAAGAUGUGUCAAAACCAUUGAAAGAAGGCAUAAAGGACGAGGAGCUCAUUGGCUCAGAUCUACAGCUACAGGAUGAUCUGAAAAUGACACAAGAAGAAGAGAGCCGUCUCAAAGCCGAAGGGAGCAAUGGAGACCAAAGAACUCUCGUGGGAUUACAGGUCAAAGAUCUUAAAGGACUGAUAAGCGAAGAAGUUGCUGCUGCAUUAAAACAAAACACUGACCAGGUCAACCGCGAUGUUCAGAAGCAACUGGAACCUGAGCUUCGUGGCCGACUCGCCAAAGCUGGCUUCCUUCCAGACCUUAUUGAAGCUAUCGUCAAACAAGGGGAUGAGACAACAACAGAAGGGGAAGACAAACCCCUAUCUAACUAUACAAGAGUACCUACGAGUCAGCUCGACGAGGCCACUUUGUUUCAUUUCAAUGUCCGAUUCAAGCAUGACAUACUCGAUCCCAACUUCUGGAUCAUCUUCCCACAUAUGACAAGAGAUGAGUUAGUGCCCAUGUUUGAUCACACACGCGAACGUCAUCUGAACGCACAUUCCGAAAGGGAGCGGGAAGAGCGAUCGCGUGAUCAAACACAAGAACGGCAAGAACAACGUGCACCCUUCACCGAUGUCGAAGAGUCCUCCUUAGAAGAUGUCUCGGCAUCACUAGUGUCCUGUUACGAGGCCUCUACCAGAGUCGUUAAAGGUACCACCGAUUGCAACGAGCUAACUGUAAUGGACGACACAAAUGGCCUCAUCCAGGUACUUGUUUCGGGCACCGGCAUUACCAACAGCGACAUCUCAGGUGAUGUUCGAAUCGAUUCAGAAGGCGAGACUUAUGUCACUUCGAGAAGGGUCACACAAUGGCAGACAGCUCUGAUGUACAAACACACACAACGCAUCUUUCAAUCUACUAUGGAGGUUAUGGACCAGUUUGUACCGAAAUACUACGACCAUCAGCUCUUGCGCAGAUGCUGGGGUGCGCUCAGGUACAUCAUCAAGCUAUCUCAUUGGGUUAUGUCGUCUCAACUGGCUAAUGUGGAGGAGAAAAAUGAUCUCUUCGUCGAGUAUCUCAGUGCCAUGGCACUGCGUAUUGAGGCGUUGCGCUCUAAAGCAAUUGAUAUUCGCAACAGUGUCGCAAAUGAGAGAGACGAAAAGCCGAGCGAAUACCUCCUAACGCUGUCGCUUGUGAAAGCAGCAGAGAAGAUUCUCCAGACGAUCGAUACUUGCGGGUAUAGUGUCCGAGAACUGCACAACCUCGACAAAGCCGAUACGAUGCCUUCUAUAUCACGGAACGAACUGAAAACUCAUAUGAAUCUGCUUUCCUACUUUGGCUCAGCAGCUUCUACCUCGCUUUCAUCAGCGCGUAAAGAGCUAAUGAUAAUGGCGCAUACCGGCAGCCAUAGGGGAGCGGUGCAAAACUUCCGCAGUACUCCUGAGGUUACUUUGUUCAUAUGCCUCAUCCAUCUUUGGUCAAGAACAAUAUCGCAGAAUCUAUCUGUACCUGACUUGUACAGAGAGAAUCUUUCGGUCAUGCAAUACAAAGCUAACCGGCGGCCGUCGAAGCUUGCCCUUCGAGAACUGUACCUCUUGGAAGAGGAAUUUGAGAUGGUAGCCUCCAUAUGUGCUCAACAACGCCGCAUGAUCAGUGAUUGCUACGAGGUCAUCUAUCCCUGGAGCUAUCGCAUCGCGACCAAAGAGUGCUAUAGAGCCUACAAAGACAUCGCAUUUCCCCUCAUCACACACAUAUUUGAUGAUCCUGUUGGCAUGGGAGCAACCCUUACAGGAAUAAAACAGAUACGGGCAUCGUUCGAUAAGACCAAAGAGGUGCUCCGCCACAACGUUGAAGUCUCAGAAGAAAGCAACUCGAAAGCCAUCAGAGUUUUUACUCUAGUGACAAUCGUGUUUCUUCCACUUUCUUUCAUCUCUUCCGUAUUUGGCAUGAACACUACGGAUAUAAGAGACAUGAGCAGCUCGCAAGCUCUCUUUUGGGUCAUUGCCAUUCCUGCCACAACGCUGAUUGGAGGACUCUCUUUGAUGAUCGCAUAUCAUGGAACGUACAUGUGGGCUAAGGUACGCGCGAUGGGCGAUGCUGCGUGGGGAUCAGAGAAGAUAUCGCGCGGGCGGCGUGCCUGGAAACGAAAGCCAAAAGACGUGGAAAAGGUAGACGAUGGCGAGAUUGAAGAUACACGGCCUCUGGGACCAGGUCAUCUCCGGAGAAGGAAGACAGUCUUGAACGUCGUUGGGUCGAAGAAGCCAAGGAAGUUCAGGUAA